AUGGCCGGCGUGGCGAGCGUUGCAAGCCCGCCUAGCAACGGUUCGAGCAAGCUCGCCGCCUCCAUGGUCCAUCUCUUCGAGGCCCAGCAUCCGGGAUAUAAUCUAAGUGCCAUUGUGAGAAAGUCGGCCGUCCAGCGCAUCGGCAACUCCCCGGCGCUCGAUGCAUCUCUCGCCGCGCUGGUCAGCACCGUCGGGUUGUUGGCGGCGCCGGCCAAGCCAUCCUCGCCACGGCAACUGUCGUCGAACACCAGGCCUCUCCAGAAGUACACCGCUGCUCUGGGCGCGCUUCGUCAGAGCCUCGAUGAGCCGGCAGUCCGGUACCAGACGGACACCCUGCUGGCCGUGUUUGUACUCUCCUUCUGCCACAUGUGGGUGGUCGACGGCGCCCGUGAGGCGAGCGGCCACAUGGAUGGGCUGGCGCACCUCAUCACCGUCGUCCUGGACAGUGGCACGCAAGACCCAAGUCAGUUUUCUGACGAUGCGCUCAAGCUUGCCGCGAUACAAUUGCUUCGGUCAAGCGUAUUCAACAGCAGGAUUCAAAUCUACCCCUGGAUAUUCAACGUCUUUGAUUCGACGGCAGAGCCGCGCCAUCUAGCACCCCGGCCCUGCCAUAAAUCCAGGACCAAGAAGCCGCUUUGGCCCUAUGACUUCUACUGCCUCGACAUCAGUGUCUACUUGAUGAUACCGCAACUGUUGCGGCGCCCCAGGGAAAACAUAAAGUCAAUCGAGCUGAUAUAUGCCAUGAUCAGGGAUGCGUAUCCAAGAUGCGCCAGAGACGUCAAUCCCACGCAUCACCAGACCGUCGAGGACAAGGCGGAGCACGACGCCUUUAUGCAGGCUAUCCAAGUGGAAGCACAGUCGCUUCACAUCGCCAUAGGCCUCAGCUUCAACGCCUUCCUGCGCACACGCGCCAGAGGGGGACUCGACGACCGGCGGCUUGCUGACGACCGGGCCACGUUUUGCGCCGACGCGGCCACGCUGGCGGACGAGUCCAAGUCUCAGCUCCCCCUGAGUGCGCACCACAUUCCGCUGUCCACAAUUGCUGCGUGGUGUACCGCCGAGCAGGGCUCUGAUUUGAAAUCCAGGCUGCGUCAGUUGCUGGACGACUAUCGUUGCUCGUACGCCAUGGUUCACGUCUUGCAUUCCGCUCCCUACUGGCGGGAGGCGCCCCAGAAACUGAGCCGUGAGAUUCCUUGGUUUCCGGCGUACAUUGGCGGUGCGCGAGCAAGUACGGCGGGUACGGCGGGGGAGGGAGACGAGUUUGACGCGGAAAUGUAUGAGCACUGCUGCAUCUUGUAA